AUGAUAAUCCUACUAUCAACAUAUUUGUCAAAUUUAACAAUAAAUAGUGAAACAUUUUUUUAUUAUAAUGAUUUUUAUUCUGGAACAAAGUUUUAUUAUGAAACAAUUGAAUUAAAUGUAUCAGCAAAUGCAUAUCAUUAUUUGCCAUUAAAUGGAAGCAUUCCACCGCAGCCUAUGUUAUAUAAAAAACAUUUCAAUCCAACUUCUCUUGAAUUAAAUAAAAUUUCAAUUUCUAUAAAUUCAAAUUAUAUUGAUGAACCACGAUUUAGAAUAAGAUUUAAUAAUUCAGUAAAAUAUAUAUUAGUAGUAACGGCAUUCAAACCAAAUGUAACUGAACCAUUUGAAAUUAAUGCAUUUGCAAGUUCUAUCCUCUUAUUUUCUCAAAUCAAUAUAUCAACUAAAUUUAUAUUCAUUAAAAUGUCUUGA